UAGUUUUGUACUUCUUAUGGUUGUUAAAUGGUAUUUACGAGAUUAUGUGAAAAUUCAAAAUGAAGAGGCUACAGGUAGUAAAAGUAGGGAGGCCAUAGAAGUUGAGAAGCAAAUAGAACCUCUGAAACCGGUUGUUACUUCUGAUGUUAUAAGAUAA